AUGCUCUCGCAUGAAAGGGAAAAUCUUAGUACCGAACUUCCCAAUAUUCCCGGAAUCGGUUAUGGAGUUAACGCUCUUUCUCCCCCUGUCGCAAUCAAUGGGGGUGUCAUGCACAUAGUUCCUCUCUUCCUUGGUGUUAGGUUUAGGAGUACGCUUCAGAAUGACGGCAUUAAUUACACGCCUAUUUCCGUUUCUUUUAUCUACUUUGGUCCGACUUUGGCUUUCCCGAAGCGUGUUACCUUUGAAUUGCUUGAUGGCCAAUCUCGAUGUUUCCAUGAGGCAUUAUCACCUAAAAAGUACGUCUUCAUGUACCAGGUGAUUUACGGUGGACAAGCGGAUGUGGAUAUCUCCGUGAAGGAUUCGCGCAAGAGGGUGAUUUCACAGGCUGAACGUGCCACUCACGAUGAGGUCGUGUUCGCUCUAGACCAUAACGAUACAUACUCAUUUUGUUUUGAUAAUUCCUUCUCACCGAUGUCUCACAAGUUGAUCUAUUUUGAGCUCCGACCGGAGAGCUUUGAAUCUUUGGCCGAAGAGGCUGGUGGUAUGCAUCCCCUCGCACCGCUUACUUUCAUCGAAAACGAAGUGGAAUUGGUUCACUUGUUCCUGUCUCGAGCUGAGUCAUUGCAAGUUGAACUGAAGAACCGCGAACUCGGUGAUCGCUUAGUUGCCGAGGAGUUGAAUACGGCAGUUCUCAUGUGGAGCAGUGUCGUCACCGUAGUGAUUGUUGUGACCACGUUGGGGCAGGUGGCAAUAUUAAAAAACUUUUUCAGUGAUAAAAAGUCGUUUCCUCACCGCAUGCCUCAUUCCUAGCCGAAUACCUUGAUGGAGCUGCGUGAAGCGACAAUGCCACUCAUUAGUCCUGUGAUAGCAGCAAUUUCCGUGCCGCUUGGUUUUUCUUGUUCUCUGCUCCACGAUCACUACCCACUACAGAUUGCCGAUCGCCGCCUCACGUCACCCUUGUCAUGUUCCAUGUCCUAACUCCACGCUGUACGGGCUCUUUUUUACAUUUUCUCUCGUUCAUAGUUUGUAAACGCACAUUUGAAUACUGUAUUGCAUUGUUCUUGUUUGAAGCCGAAUGAGAGAAUUUACACGUAUUCACCUGUAUGCAUUUGAUGUCUCCUCGUUAUUUUGCCGUACCGUUCUUCUAAACCCCUACGUGCGCUGCUCUCUACCGAUUCUUGUUUAGAAUCGAUUCGAAGAACUCACUAACUUCCAUACUAGUAAGUUGCUGGUCACACAUACCGUGGAAUUGCUCUGACUCUUCUCGUCAUAGAGGCCAACCGAAGUCGUCUAGUUUUGCGCUUAUACAAGACUAACUGAUCACUAGAUUGGGAGAUUGCC